UUGUCUCUUGUCGGAGAAGAAUGUCGCUGAUGGAUAAUCUGUUAGGUAUCCUCCGCGUUCGCGUCAAACGCGGCGUCAACCUCGCCGUCCGUGACGUUUCCAGCAGCGAUCCUUACGUCGUCCUCAAGCUUGGCCGUCAGAAACUCAAAACCAAAGUGGUGAAGAAAAACGUAAACCCACAAUGGGAAGAAGACUUGACCUUCACGGUUACCGACCCGAAUCUCCCGCUCAAUCUGGUUGUAUACGACCAUGACUUCUUUAGCAAGGAUGAUAAAAUGGGAGAUGCCGAGAUAGAUUUGAAACCGUACAUUGAAGCUCUACGAAUGGAGCUAUCUGGCUUACCAGACGGAACCAUAAUAUCGACGAUCCAUCCGAACCGCAGCAACUGUUUAGCCGAGGAAAGCUACAUACGGUGGAGCAAUGAUCGAAUCGUUCAGAGCUUUUGUCUCCGUCUCCGUAACGUUGAGCGUGGUGAAGUGGAACUCGAGCUUCAGUGGAUUGAUCUGCCUGGUUCUAAAGGCUUGUAAAACAAAACUUGUAACACUACCUUAUUGGGCUUUUCCCAUUAUACCACAAUACGAGGCCUUCGAAGACGAGGGUUCGGUUUGGUGAUAUAUUCUUACA